AUGCCUUGCUGGUUGACUUUGAGAAGGGUAGUCCUGUCGAACGACCAUUGUCCAUCUAUGGGGUUCGAAGCGUGUUAUCUCGGGGAAAGCCGACUACUCAGGUUUUGGUACAGUGGACUAAUAGCUCACCGAAGAAUGCAACUUGGGAAGGCCUGCGUGAGUAGGACAAGGUGCUCUUUGAAGAAGAAGGGAAUGUUACAUGGCCAACAGUGGAAGGGCCAAGACGUUCGGGAAGAGUAUCUGUUGUUCCAACAUGGCAUCAAGAUUACGUGGUGGAUAAAGUCUAGCGACUUUGGUUGCAGAUCAAAUUGGUUGGGAUUUAAAGUAGUAUUUAGUUUGUUUGGUUUUAUUUGGAGAUUAGCAUUACAAACAUUCCACACAAAUAUCCUUCGAUGUUGUAAAUACUUUUUUUUUCUUCUUCUCCAUCACCAUCGUAACUCGAAAUAUAUUUCCGAAAUUACUCAUAAAUCUCACAUUUACCAAGAAACUAAAAUGUCGCUUCAAGACCUCCAAAACGUUACCAACAGCUACGAUCACACGUCCUCUCAUGAAGAUUUCCUAGAGCAAAUGCUUUGUGGUCUCCAGUCAGGAGUUUCUUGGCCGGAAAUAUCCACCGGAACUGGCGGCGGAGGCGGUGCCGGUCAGAACAAACCAGUAUUUCCAUGGGACGUGGACCACUUUGAUGACCAAUCAUCUUUUCUAGCAUCAAAACUCCGGCAACAUCAGAUCAGCGCCGGAACCGGUGGAGCAGGUAAUCCAUCUUCUGCUGUGAAAUCGCUGCUUCUUCAACAGCAGUUAUUGCUUUCUCGAGGCUUAACCGGCGCCGGUGAUUCUGGGCUUUUUGAAAAUGAUAUCAUUGAUGCUUCAUCGUUCAAAUCUCCGAGUGGAGAUAAUUCGAUUCAAACUCUCUUUAAUGGGUUUGCCGGAUCUCUCCAAUCCAAUCAAACCCAGGACUUCCAUUUCCCGCCGGCCCAGAGCUUCGGCUCUCAGGGGACGACAGCAGCCUUGACUAACCAAGGACCAACGUCCGGCGGUGUAACUGCAGCAGGAGGUGGCGGCAGUGGACCACCGACGCAGCCACGACAAAGAGUUAGAGCUAGAAGAGGACAAGCUACCGACCCACACAGCAUAGCCGAAAGAUUACGGCGAGAGAGGAUUGCAGAAAGGAUGAAAUCGUUACAAGAACUUGUCCCAAAUGCUAACAAGACAGACAAGGCUUCAAUGCUAGAUGAGAUCAUAGACUAUGUAAAAUUCCUCCAGCUCCAAGUCAAAGUACUAAGCAUGAGUAGAUUGGGAGGUCCUGCUGCUGCUGCCCCUCUUGUAGCUGACAUCUCCACAGAGGGAGGUCGUGACGCUUUAGAAGGAGGUGGUGGUGCUGCUGCGGGACGAAGCAACAAUGGAACAUCGUCUUCAAACAAUGACACAAUGACGGUGGCGGAGAAUCAGGUGGUGAAGCUGAUGAUGGAGGAGGAUAUGGGGUCAGCCAUGCAGUACCUACAAGGGAAAGGUCUUUGUCUCAUGCCGAUUUCUCUAGCAACGGCUAUCUCCACCGCCACCUGCCACCCUUCUUCCUCAAGGAACAACCACCAGUUACUUGGUGGUGGGCCUUCAUCUCCCAAUGUGUCUGUGCUGACCGCUCAAUCCGCGAAUGGAAUACUGCCACCAGAGGUGUCUCCAUCAAAGAAUCCACCUCCAUCUUGAAGCCAUGAUAUUCACCGGCGUUAACUUUUGAUGACAACCCAGUCAACUUUGGAAAAAAAACAUGACUUCGGCGACCGUGUGUCAACUCUCUACCAAACUUGUGUUUUGUGGGGUCUUUUGAAUUUACGCGUAAUCAUUUUCUAAGUGCAUUUGAGACAUUGUUUUGGACAGACAUUGAGCUAGAUCUUUAAUUAAUUGAUUAAUGAUAAUUUAAAAGCCAAAAAAAUACAAUUACAUAUAUCAAGAUAGUAAGUGAUGGCAAUAGCUACACCUAAUUUUACUUACUGUUCUACUAGCUAUUAUUUAGGGCAAUGUAUCAUUUAGGGCAAUGUAUCAUUUCGCAAAUAGUAUAGCACAAAAGUUGGAUAUGAUCUAAGUAAAAAGGGUUUUUACUUAGAUUAAAAAGGAUAGUAUAGCACAAAAG